AUGGCGCUCGAGGCCGGUAAUUGGCCGCCCGGUGGCUGUCGGUCAAGCCGGAUCUCUUUCCCGCUGCUUGUCGUGCCGGAUUCGACCAAUACUGCUGCCGCGGUUGCUGGGGAUUCAGAUCCAGGGGUUACUGUGCAUGAUGAGGCCGGUGGUGGUGAUGACAAUGGGAUUUCCGACUCGUCUCGCCUCACUUUCGACUGUACGUACCAGACUCUUUCUGCACCUGCUCGGUCAGACGCAAGACGCAAGACGCAAGCGCAGGGGCUCUUGCCGUCGCGAUUAGUCCAAUCAGAUCGGCGCGCGACGGCCCAAGAACCGCAGCUUUUUGCUUGA